ACCGUCUCAGCGCCGAUUCAACGUGAUAGCGGCGCCUCACAGAGAGCCGGUGUGGUUUCAGACUGCAGAGCGCUGAAAUGCUUCACUCUUACGCACUUUAAACAGGAUGUAGCGUCUGAGACAGAUUACGGAAAUAAAAAUCGUGAUUAAACUCCGCAAUGUGACAAACAACCACUGAGUCACACAUGACAGCGGCGGAGAAGAAGACGGGAGGAGUCCCGAUGAGGAAGCUCAUCUCCCGCAGGUCUUGACGGCUGUCCCGCAGACCCGAGGCUCCGCCACAGAACUGUACGGUCACACGCACCGAAGACCCAUCAUAGCCGAAUUACUCCACCAAAUCCCCGUCGGUGGAUACUGAAGGCGACGAUGGCGAGCCAGGGCGACUGCUGUGUGAAGGUUGCUUUGAGUUAUAAAAGGCCCUCAUCUGUCUGCAAGCUGCUUUCUCUGUCGCACUGCCUGUCGGGAGUCAGUAUACUGCUGCUGAAUGGGACAAUUCUAAUGUCUUUAAUUCCUUCCUGGAAGACCCUCUUCCACGACGCCUCGGGCCCUGAAAGAGGGCCAAAGAGUGCUGCUGUCCUUUUUCUGCAGCACCAUAAAGACAUGUGGAUUCGUCCUCAGAUGGCCAAGGAGAAGAUAGAGGGCUGUCAUGUAUGCACGCUCGUCACACCCGGAGAACCACAAGUCCUUCUGGGUAAAGACAAAGCUUUCACUUAUGACUUUGUGCUCGACAUCGACUCUGAGCAGCAGCACAUCUACCAGGCCUGCGUUUACAACCUCAUCGAGGGCUGUUUCGAGGGCUACAACGCCACUGUUUUUGCUUAUGGACAGACGGGCUCGGGGAAAACCUACACCAUGGGGACGGGUUUCGAUAUGAGCCUGGGCCAGCAUGAGCAGGGCAUCAUACCGCGGGCUGUUCACCAGCUGUUUGAUGGGAUCAAGAACAAUAGGGCACGCGCCCAGGAGGCCGGCAUCCAGCCACCCGAGUUUAAAGUCAGCGCCCAGUUCCUAGAGUUGUACAACGAAGAGGUCCUGGACUUGUUUGGCGAAUCCAGAGAUCCAGAGAAUCGGAGCAGGAAGUCCAACAUUAAGAUCCAUGAAGACGCCAGUGGCAGCAUUUACACCACUGGAGUCACUUCUAGACUGGUGAACUCGGAGGAGGAGCUGCUGCAGUGCCUGAAGCUCGGCGCUUUGUCCCGCACCACAGCCAGCACCCAGAUGAACGCCACCAGCUCCCGCUCCCAUGCCAUCUUCACCAUCCACCUUUGUCAGAUGAGAGUGUGCCAGCGGGCUCAAAUGCAGAACGGUGGAGGUGAGGUGAACGGAGAGUUGAGCGGCGUGAACUCUGGCCCCAUCACUCAGCCGGAGUUCGAGACUCUUAUGGCCAAGUUUCACUUUGUAGACCUCGCUGGCUCUGAGAGGCUGAAACGCACAGGAGCCACAGGAGAGAGAGCCCGUGAGGGGAUCUCCAUCAACUGUGGACUGUUGGCGCUGGGAAACGUGAUCAGUGCUUUAGGGGACCAGAUCAAGAAGGGAGGACACGUCCCUUACAGAGACUCCAAACUCACUCGUCUACUACAGGACUCACUGGGAGGCAACAGUCGCACGGUGAUGAUCGCCUGCGUCAGUCCGUCAGACCGCGACUUCAUGGAGACACUGAACACGUUAAAGUAUGCGAACCGGGCCAGGAACAUCAGGAACAAGGUGGUAGUGAACCAAGACAAGACCAGCCAACAGAUCAGCGCCCUGCGUGCCGAGAUAGCCCGACUUCAGAUGGAACUGAUGGAGUACAAGGCGGGGAAGCGUGUGGCUGGGGAUGAUGGUUCAGAGGGCUACAGCGACAUGUUUCAGGAGAAUGCAAUGCUGCAGAGGGAAAAUGAUACAAUGAGGCUCAGGGUGAAGGCCAUGCAGGAGACCAUUGACCACCUCAACACCCGCGUAACACAUCUGGUGGCCAAUCAGGUCAGCAGUCUGCUGACCAAGUCAAGUGAGGGAAAUGAGGAGAUUGGUGCGUUGAUACAGAACUACAUUCGAGAGGUUGAAGAACUUAGAACCAAGCUCCUUGAGAGCGAGGCUAUGAAUGAGUCUUUGCGACGGCAGGCAGCUAGACUUUCCUCGCGUCCCCUGUUCCCUUCUUCCACUCUAAGUCCCACCCCUGGUCACCCCCCUGGCUCCUCCCCUGCUUCAUUAUCUAUGGAGGCUGAGAUGACGGAUGUGUUGCGCCGGGCCAAGCGGGACAUCGAGAGGCUGAAGAAGAAGGAGAGGAGGCAGAGACGAUUGAGUCCGGAUAUGGAGAAAGGUCUGAAGAAGCGCGUGAAACUGCACACUCGCGAGAAUGGAGAGAAUGGGCGCAGUAAUGAUAACAGACAAAACGGACAGAAUGGAGAGAUCGAUUCAGAUGACAAUUACACUGAGGAUGUCAUGUCCCCGUUGCAGGAGGAGAGUGGUUGUGAAGAUGAGGAGGGGGAGGAUGAGGAGGAAGGCAGGGAAGAAGACGAGGACGAGUUUGACAGCGACGAGAGCCUGGUGGAUUCAGACUCGGACUCUGAGAAAGCCAACUUCCAGGCGGACCUGGCUGAUCUGACCUGCGAGAUCGAGAUCAAACAGAAGCUGAUGGACGAGCUGGAGAACAGCCAGCGGAGGCUACUGAUGCUGAAGCUGCAGUACGAGGAGAAGCUCAUUCUACUGCAAAACAAGAUCCGAGACACUCAGCUGGAGAGAGACCGCGUUCUGCAGAAUCUCAUGUCCAUGGAGAACUACACGGAGGACAAGGCCAACAGGAUCAAGCAGGACUAUGAGAAGCGUCUCAAGGAGAUGAACCGAGAUCUGCUGAAGCUACAGGUGGCACAGAAAGAGCAUGCGCGUCUCCUCAAAAACCAGGGGAGGUACGAAGGGGAGCUGAAGAAACUCCAGACAGAGGUCAACGAUAUGAAGAAAGCCAAGGUGACGCUGAUGAAGCAAAUGAAGGAGGAGCAGCUGAGGAGGAGGAUGGUCGAGGCAAAAAGGAACAGGGAGAUCGCUCAACUCAAGAAGGAGCAGCGCCGCCAAGAGUACCAGAUACGUUCACUGGAGUCUCAGAAGCGACAGCAGGAGCAGGUGCUUCGCAGAAAGACCCAGGAGGUGAGCGCUCUGCGGCGCCUGGCCAAGCCCAUGUCGGACCGCGUGGCUGGGAGAGUGGCCCGCUGGAACCAGGCCACCGCGGUUCCUGACUCUGGAGCCGAGUUAUCGGCCGGCACUACAGCGAGCAGCUCUGAACCCGAGAGUGGGAGGAGUGUGAGCGGGCUGGUGAGGCAGUGGAACAACAAAAACAAUGUCUUUGGAUACCUGGCGGAGAGCGAAGGCAGCAUGGAUGGGACCAGGGUGAUUAGGAAGAAGUUGCAGCGUAAGCCAGCAGGUCAGGGCAGCCCUGCAGCGACGAGCCGAGCUACCAGCUUCUCUAAGUCUGCCCGUCAGAAGUGGCAGGCACUUGAGCGUCGCAUUAUCGACAUUGUCAUGCAGAGAAUGACCAUCGGCAAUGUGGAGGCUGACAUGGACCGCCUCAUCAAGAAGCGAGAGGAGCUGACAGUCCAGCAGGAAUCACUCUCACAUAAGAGGCAGGUACUAAUGGCGGAUGGGGAGGGGCCAGAAGCAGAAGACCGCCUCCUUCAAGAAAUCAAUGAGGACAUUGAGGUGCUGAACGCCAACAUAGACUACAUCAACGACAGCCUGUCUGACUGCCAGGCCACCAUUGUACAGAUAGAGGAAACCAAGGAUGAGCUGGACUCUGUUGACACAUCAGUGGUGAUCAGCUCUUGUUCUCUGGCUGAAGCGCGCCACCUGCUGGACCACUUCCUGAAGGCUUCCAUAGACAAAAGUUUACAGGUGGCUCAGAAGGAGGCUCAGAUCCGCCUGCUGGAGGGUCAGCUGAAACAGACAGAUGUGAUUGGCUCAUCUCACAAUCACAUAAUCCUUGAUGCUCUGAGAGAAAAGGCAGAAUACAUCCCUGAACUUCAAGCUCUCAUCCACAACGUGCAGCAGGAGAAUGGUUAUGCCAGCACAGAUGAGGAGCCCUCUGAGUUCAGCCAAGCCUCUGACAGCAGUGUACAAAUAAAAGAAUCCAACAGCCAAGAUGAUUUCAAAAUAAAGUUUGAGCCUCGUCUGUCAGCUCAGAUGAAAGCGGUGUCUGCGGAGUAUUUGGGUCCCAUUCUGGAUCAUUCAUCAGGCAGCAAGCAGCAGUACAUCACCAAGUCUCUGGCCUCUCUGACCGACAUCCAGGAGGACAGCCUAAGCCUUGGGAAAGCCACUCUGGGGCUCAGCCUUGCCCUACGAGACCCCUUCCACAGGGACCGGGUGUCUCGCACCAUCAGCCUUCCUGUCAGGGGACACACCUUUCCCAGGCAGUCUCGGGGUUAUGAUACUUCCCCUCUAACAAGGAGGAAAUCUUACGACCGUGCAUACAGGCCCACUGACGGUUACACUCCCCCCUCCUCCCCUCCUCUAAGGACCAGGAACGACCGCAAUGUCUUCUCAAGGCUCACCAGCAACCAAGCGCAAGGUUCUGCUCUGGACAAGUCGGAUGACAGCGACUCCUCGCUCUCCGAGGUGCUCAGGGGUGUGAUCAAUCCCAUCGGGGGUGUGAAGGGGGGUCGGACAGCGCCCCUGCAGUGUGUUUCUGUUGCUGAGGGCCACUCAAAGGCGGUCCUGUGUGUGGAUGCCACAGAUGAGCUGCUAUUCACUGGAUCUAAAGAUCGCACAUGUAAGAUGUGGAACCUGGUAACGGGUCAGGAGAUAGUCACACUCAAAGGCCACCCAAACAACGUGGUGUCUGUGAAAUAUUGUCCUUCCUCCUGUCUGGUCUUCUCCGUCUCCACAUCCUACAUCAAGGUGUGGGACAUCCGCGACUCUGCCAAGUGUGUCCGCACGCUUACUUCAUCGGGGCAGGUGGUUCCGGGUGAUGUAUGUGCGGGCGCCACCACGCGCACCAUAACCUUUGCUCAGGGUGAGUGUCAGAUUAACCAGAUAGCCCUCAACCCUUCAGGAUCAGUGCUCUACGCUGCUGCUGGAAACACUGUUCGCAUGUGGGACCUCAACAGGAUGCAUGGAAUGGGGAAGCUGAUAGGCCACAUCGGCUCUGUCAUGUGCCUGACAGUGGGACUGUCUCUGCUGGGCAAAGACCAAGUAAUCACUGGAUCCAAAGACCAUUAUGUCAAGGUGUUUGACGUGGCAGAGGGAAUGGUGGGUAACAUCGGCCCUGCUCAUAACUUUGAGCCUCCCCAUUAUGAUGGCAUUGAGUGUUUGGCUGUACAUGGAGACGUGCUGUUCAGUGGGUCGCGCGACAACGGCAUUAAAAAAUGGGAUCUACAGCACCAGGAACUCACUCAGCAAAUUCCCAACGCCCAUAAGGACUGGGUGUGUGCUCUGGCACAUGUCCCAGGCCGGCCCAUGCUGCUGAGCGCCUGUAGGGGCGGCCUGCUGAAGGUAUGGAACGUUGACAACUUCACCCCCAUAGGAGAGGUCAGGGGUCACGAAAGCCCCAUUAACGCCAUAUGUACCAACUCAAGACAGAUCUUCACUGCUUCUAGUGACUGCAGGGUGAAGUUGUGGAGCUAUGUGCCAGGCUUGACCCCUUGUCUUCCUCGACGGGUCCUUGCCAUCAAGGGCCGAGCCACCAGCCUCCCAUGAUUGCCUCUUCACCAACCCUCCCCUCCUCUGUGACAAGACCGUUAAGAUCUGGUUGUCGAAGGUGUGGAGGAAGAAGUGAUGACAGAGGUGGUGGCCAUCUUCCUGCAACUCCUUCUGGUCAAUGAGAUGUGAAACUGCAAACACGGUUUCCAAGGCAAUCAAGAGUUUGCUUUCUCUAUCAAAGUGCAAUGAACAAGCAGAGGCGGUUUAUAUCUUCAAAAACCAAGAACUACUUGCCUUUUGGAAUUUUUUUACUACCAAUUUUAAAGAGCCAUUAAGCCACUCUCGGACAGUAUGAAUCGCAUCUUUCCAGCCGGGGAUUCACACGGCGGAAUAAUUGACAUACUGCAGCCUGGUAUUAGGAGAAGACGUGUGCUUGUGUUCUUUCAGCAAGGCUUCCAUAUCCUUGUGUAAAAGGACAUGAAGUUGCUUAAACUGGUGUGUAUUCAUGUAGUGGAUGAUAGAAAAAUGUUGAUAUGUGGUAAGACCUCACUGGACAAUUACAAAACCUUUUGACUUGAAAUGCCCUCCAAUCCUUUUCAUUUCAAGCAUACCUCUGCAUAUUCGCUAAACUUUGUGUUCCACAAGUUGUUUUAUUUUUAAUGCCUUUAGACUAAUUUAUUACUUUCCCUACCUCAAUUGUUUUUGACUCAAUUGUAUCCAUGUCUCCUCAUCUCCGUGUGAAUGUGUCCCGUGUGUCUCUCCGGCUAUAAGACUUACCGGCUACUAACUCUGCAAACAGGAAAGCGCACAACCACCAGUGCAAUAAAAGUACACUGGCCCCCUGAAUGAUCUGA